AUGCACUCCAUUCAAACCUCUUUCACUCUUCGAUCUCAAUCCCAUCAAUCUCGCUCCAACAAGCUCUCGGCCUUAUCUAGCUCUUCCCAUCUCCCAACAUCCAGUCUAACCUUACCUCCUCGGUCGUCUCGCUCCUCUCCUCAAAAACUCAUUCUCAUAGUAUACCGAAGACCCUCCAUCGUCUCUUCUCGAUCUUCUCAAGCCACACCCCACCUACACAGACCCCAAUUCCGCGAGUCUCACCGCGAUUCGCUCCCGAAAUCCAUCUUACGCUCUCGAAGCAUGUCAUCACUUCAAAAUCUCCUCUCCUUCACGUAUCCUCGGCGUCAUCCCCUCCGUUCCGAGACACUACUCAUCUCCUCUCCACUCAUGUCUACUCUCCGUGCAACUCUCCAUCUCCUCUCCCCACACCUUGGUCGACUCAUCAUCACACGACUCACAAAUCGUCGAACACUCGCGCCUCUCCCCACGAUCUCUCCGUCAUCUCCGAACUACAUCUCUUCAAUCGAUGUCAUCAGCUUCAGUGUCAGCUCUCUUCCGUCGGCCACUGUAACCUCAGAUCCCACCACAAAUCUCUCACCAUCUGCCUUCGUCCUCCUCCACUUGACUCGGGUCAUGUCAGGAGUCGCUGGGGCAUUCCUCCCACAUCACUUCUUCUCGAGAAUCACCAUAAAGGACCCGGUCAUACCACUCUCUCUCUACACUAUAUUCUCUCCAUUCAAGUCUCCAAAAGCACUCACGGAUCUUCUAGGCAACUCCCUGUCUCGAAAGCAUGUCGACAACUCAGUCACUCAGUCUAAAAUCUCCCUCCCAAUUCCCGUCUUCAUCUCCUUCUCAUCGUCACACUCCUCAUUCCUCACUCGAAUUCAACAUCGUCUCCAUCAGACCCUCUUCACACUUUCCACAGGAUCUCCCAGGAACCAUAAACUCCCCAUGAAAGAUCACCUCUCCCUCAAUCGGGCAUCUCACGCCAAUCUCCACGGCAGUUCGAUCUACUCUCCUCCUCACGACGCUAUGUCUUACUCUACCGGUCUCAUCUCGUCCUUCCUCACCCCAUCUCCAUACCAUCACUCUCCCCACCGCAAAUCCAUUCUCAUCACAACCGAGUCUCUCCUUCCCUUCAAUCGCAAUCCUCCACAUCACUACCGACAGGUCCAGUCCUACACUCUCUCUCGUAUAAGCCUCCCCCGAUCAACCUUCUCCUCAUCCUGCCUAACUCGCAUUUUCUCUCCCGGACCGACAUAUCCUCGACUCUCAACUCCCUCACUUCAAGACUCUCUGCCCUCGCCGCCCUCCCGCCGCCCCUAUCGCUACACCUCCUCUCUCUCAUACGAAACUUUCAUAUAG